AUGGGUCGCGUUAAAAAGGGCAAGCCACAUCCAAACAACAACAAUGCUGGCCUCUCUGUUCGUGCUCACCGCAAAGUCGGGAGUAGCAGGCGAGUGUAUCAGAAACGCAUCAACCAGGUUUUAAAGGGCCUGCGGAAUCUUCCCAUCGACCCUUUGGAACGCCUCGACGCUUUGAUACCCCGCUCCGGUCUUGUGCGUACCAGUUGCCCCAUGUGGGUCUCGACGCCCGAAAAGGCCCAGAAGCUAUGUCAAGCCUUGCAGAAAGACACCCCAGACGUCCGCGACGUAACACCCGUGCUCAUGGACUUCCUUGACCAUGUCGAACGACAUUUUCGGCUUCCUGUGUCAGAGUUGCAGGUACAAUGCGGCACGCCUCCUGAUCCGCGGCCGCCCUGCCACGACAGAUUCAACCCACCUCUGCGUGCGUGUUGCUGGGAGCAGAUCAUCAGCGCCUCCAGUCUACCCGAUGACCUGCCAUCUGGAAUAGUCAAGGAACUGAUGGAAUCACUGGACAUUGCCCACUCUCGCUUCAUACGAAAGCGAAACAAGAGCAUAGCCAAGAGGAGAGCAAGGGCCGCUGCUGGACAGGGGUCUAAGACUGCUGUCACACUGCAUCAAUCAGUCGAGCAGAUGAUGCCCAAGUCACCGUUUGCGAAGAGACUAGCCAGAGUGCAUGAGCUUGCACAUAAGCCUUGGGCUGAACCUGUGCCAAAGAAGUUCACCGAAUGGGAUGGCGAUGAGAAUGACGGCUUGGACUCGCACGAAAUUACGGACCGGGGGAUGGAAAUAGACGAAGACGAGGAAGGCUAUGACCUGAGGAAUAACGACGACGACCACUCAUCAGAGAACGGGUCAUUCAUUUACCAGGAGGAUUGGCAAGACGAUGAGCUCGAUAUGGGCGACCACAACCUUCUUCUUGGCGCUUCUGCGAGACCCAUCACCGACUUUGCACAGGCCUCACGGGCUCGGCAGCCGUUUGGUGAUCUUGCUCAGUUGCUUGCCAAUGCGCCAUCUGCCGAUGAAAAGAUUGAUGUCUCCCAAGUUGACUUUCAAGGCUCGACCAUCAGCAUUACUUUUGGUGCGUCUACAGAUGCCGGACGUUGUUCCAGCCAAGCCAAGCCGGCAUGA